AUGCAAUCCAAGAUCAGCGAUUUCUUCAAAAAUCCCUCUGCUUCCUCCGCUCCCACAACCCUCACCCACGAUGACGACAAUGACGAAUUGAAAAUCUGGGAGAACAAACACCACCACAUCUUCAACACUUACCACCGACGAACCCGUUCGAACAACCCUAACGUUGUUUGUUCGAGUUCGCAACCGGAAACGGGAAGAACGGUCGUUAAGAACAAGAAGAGGAGCUAUGCCCAGUUCCAUCUGGAUUUCGGUCAAUCCGAUUUUCUGUUACGCGAUUGUUCUAUUUGCGGAGUCAAGUUUACUCCUGGCGAUGAGGAAGACGAGAAAUCCCACAAGGAAUUUCACAAACGUUACACGCAGGGGAUUCAAUUCCGAGGUUGGACCAGCGAAAGGGUUAUCCCUAUCCCUAACCCAAGCGUCAAACAGGGUCGAAUCGUUUUGGUCUUAGAGACUGAUCCUUCUGCUCACAGAAACAAGGUUGAAGAGGUUGUGAAGAUGAUGGAAAUCGACCUCGGAAGUGGAUGGAUACUUCAUGAACUCUGUAAGGUCUAUAUGUUCGUUUCUGUCCAGAGGAUUAUUGGGUGCCUGAUUGCAGAACCAAUCGAAGAAGCAUUCAAAGUUGUGUCUUGCUCAAUUGCUGGACAUUCUGAUAGUGCAAGGAAAAAGGAAACGAAGUCAUAUUCAACCUCUCUCCAGUUUGGGAAUAUUGUUUUCCAAAGGGAAGUUGAAAAAAGAGCUGUUUCUGUGAGUGAUUCUGAGGUGAUGGACGGAUCACAUGGUGGAGCAAUCUUCUGUGAAAGCAAUGCAGUCCCUGCUAUUUGUGGGAUUAGAGCAAUUUGGGUCACUCCCUCCAACAGAAGAAAACGCAUUGCUAGCCAAUUACUAGAUGCCGUGAGGAAAAGUUUCUGCAUGGGUUUUGUGCUUGAACCUACCCAGCUAGCAUUCUCUCAGCCAACCUCAGCUGGAAAGGCAUUAGCAUCUAGUUACACUGGCACUGGAUCAUUCUUGGUGUAUAAGGACACAAAACAAGAGGGCCUAAUAUGCACGUUAAUACGUGAUAAUAAUACUAUUGAAGGUUCCUCCGGAGCCCCGUUUGUUUAUGGAGGUGCAGAACUUGAUAAAGCUUUGGUUGCAUCAAAUAAUGAGACUCAAGGAGUUGAUACUGUUCUGAAUGUGUGCAAGCAGGAAGUUAAAAAUGCUACUUUGGUGAAUUUAAGUGCAGUCGUGGAGGAUGACUGCAAGAUGAAAGCUGCGGAUGGUUUGGUUACUAAAGAUGGCCUCGAAGACUCUAGCGCCGCAAAUUGCAUGCUACCAAUUACAGGAUGGCAUUCCAUAUAUGGAAGUCAUGGAUCUCAAUGCCAAAUAAUCUUUGCAUCUGAACGACUCGUUUUCAAGAAAUCACCUUGA